CCUGGAGGCGACGUCCAGCGGCAGCGCGGACCGGAGGGGCUCGACGGGGUCCUCGCAGGGCAGCCCGACGAGAUCAGACGGCGGCGCGGCCGCGACGGCGGAGGGCUCCAUGACGUGCUCCUGGUGCCACCAGGGCGCACCUCCCAACCGGCCCUUCUCGCUCCGCAGUCCGGGCGGCCACCUGGCGGCCUUCUGCUCCGAGGUGUGCUUCACGCAGAGCCGCCGGGCCUCCUUCAAGCGCUCCAGGACGUGCGACUGGUGCCGCCACGUCCGGCACACCGUGAGCUACGUCGACUUCCAGGACGGCGAGAACCAGCUGCAGUUCUGCAGCGAUAAAUGCCUGAACCAGUACAAAAUGAACCUGUUCUGCCGCGAGACGGCGGCCCACCUCGAGAUGCACCCGCACCCCGCCGCCACCCCCGCCCCCGGGAAGCCUCUCAUCACGCCGGACCUGUGGAUGAAGGACUGCGGCGAGGGCUCCGGCUCGCCCGUCGACGGGGACCCCGACGCGGACCAGGACCACGACGAGGACGGCCGCGGCGACCACGACGACGACCGCGUGUCCCCGCGGCCCAGCUCCGCCACCCCGCCGCCGCGCACCAAGACGCCGGCCGCGCAGGGCGGGCAGGGCGGGCAGGCCGCGUGCACCACCACGUCGUCGUCGUCGUCCGGAGACGCGCCGCCCGCGCACUCCGCCAGCAAGGGGAGAAGCUCGCGAUGCAGCCGGGGGAGGCGGCCGUCCUCGUCCUCGUCGGCCAGCACGUCGGCGGCGUCCUGCGUGGCCACGGACUUGAGCGUCGCGGCUUUGCGGGUCGACCAGGCGGCCGCGGUGCCGCCGUCGGGGUCGGUAGGGCAGGCAGGGCCUCCUUCGCCUUGUCGCGCGGCGCCACUGCCGGCCGCCGCCCUGGCUGCCCCCGCACUGUCGCUGCAGCCGCCGCCGCACAUGCCCCCGCUACCGCCAAACUGGAGGAACCUGCCGAUGCUCUUCCCCAAGGGGCUGUUCGGCGCGCCGCCAGGAGCGCAGGGACCGCUGCUGCCGGCUGGAGGCCCUCUGGGCGUCCCUCUCGGGGGGCCCGCCACGCCCAGCCAAGGCCCCACCAGCCCCACCGCACCGCCGGCCUUCAUGCAGGCCUUCGGCCCCAUGGGUCCCAUGGGCCCCACCAUGGGCCCCAUGGGGCGCGGGCCGGCGGGGAUGCCGCCCCUCAGGAUGCCGCCCUUCAUGGGCCCGCCGAGGCUGCCGAUGCGAGACGGGCACCCGGGGCACCCGGGGCCCAUGCACCACGUCGCAGCCCUCGCCGGUCCCGCACUGCAAGGCGGGCAGCCCCUGCCGCCCCCGCCGCCGUCGCUGCUGCCCCCCGUGACGGUAAUGGUGCCGUACCCCAUCGCCGUCCCCAUCCCGAUCCCCAUUCCAAUCCCCAUUCCCAUCCCGAUCCCCAUCCAAGCCAAAGCAGCCGUCAAGAAGGAGCCCGUGGAGGCCGCGCCGGACGCCCCGGCGGAGGUGGACGCGGAGGCCGCGCUCAAGCCGAAGGCCGAGGCCAGCAGCGCCCUGGCCGCCUUGUGCAACGGCCACGUGGCCCACCAGGGCGACGACGAGGAAGGCCUCCCCGACCACCACGGCCACGGCCCCGCGCACCAGUCGGAGCCGGCGGACGGCGGCCCCGGAGAGACGCCCCCCGCGGAGAGGGCGCCGGAGAGGACUAGUGCGCACCGGAAACGGAAAAGGGUGCCCGUCAACGACAUCCCCGUGGAGCCGGAGCAGGCCAAGAAGAUGAACAAGUCAGUGCCGGCGUGAUGGCGGCACACGCCGCCAGGCCCGCCAGCCGCCACCCAACGUGAUAGCAUGCCUUCCUGUCAUUGUCUCGAGGCCUGCCUUGAUCAAAUCGUGAUUGCUUCUUUUUAAUUAUUGUUAUGGUUCUUUGACGCGCAAAUGGUGCUCCUAGUACUAAGAUGUCGAAAUUUCUCAUAUGAUUAUUAUAUUUACAGUAAUAAAUGUUUCCUUUUGUUAAUGAAGUGUUUGAGAAAAA